AUGGAGCAUGCCAUGGAGGGGCUCGUGCAGCUGGCCACCUUGACGGGGCGGUCCACCGCUUUGGCGGCCGCAUUGGUCAAAUGCGGGUGGACGACGUCGAGGCUGGCCACGCUGCAGGGCAUGGAUGAGGAGGUUCUCCUCGCGGUGAUGCGCCAGGUCAAGGAGCUCCAUGUGGUGACGGCUCUCGAGCUGAAGGAGCUGAUCAUGGAGGCGGACAAGUCAGCGAAGCUGGCCUGGCGGUUGGAGGGCUCCAGGGGGAGCUCGGAGCUGAUGGCGGUGUGGCUCAAGCAGAAGUCUCGGAUGGGGCACGUGCAGUUGCACGACAUGCUGGAUCGGGAGAGGGCCAGGGUUGUGCCUCCCCCCGGGGCUGCAAAGCUGGCCAAGUGGGAAUUGGCGGAGGAGUCUGAAAGGGCCCGGUGGCUGAAGGCCUUGGCUUGUGGGCUAUUCAAGGCGGGCGCUCCGGUGGCGUUGGACUUCGGGAAUUCGGAGGAGCUGGCCAAGUCCAAGAGGACUUGGGAGCGCUACAUGGUAUGGCUUCAUGGAGCUUACGGUUUGAUGUGGCCUGUGCAGCCUUCUCACUUCGUGGGCUACCUGGAGGGCGCAAGCAAGCUCUUCAAGCUCUGGGGCGGCAUGAGGCUCAAUGACACCCAGGGGAUCGAGGUGUCGAGCAUGAAGCUCACGGCCAAGGGCCUGGUGGCAGACAUCACGCAGAGCAAGACCACUGGUCCGGGCAAGGCCGUCGCAAGGAUCAGUGUGUGUGUGGCGAGAGGUGCCUGGUUGGUGGAGAAGCAUUGGUUGCAGUCGGGGUUCUCUCUAUGGUUGGAGAUGGCGGAGAAGGCCGGCCUGGAAGAGCGUGACUACUUCUUGGCGUUGCCGACGAAGGACUUGGGGGGCAUCGUGAACAGGGUGGCGCGCUACACCGAGGCAGUCGGCAUGACGCAGGCCAUCUGCUCCGAGCUGGGGGAUCUCAAGGGCGAGAAACUCUUGCACGAGGGAGCAGGUGCAUUAUGGACCGAGCAUAGCGAGAGGGCCACGGCUAGAUCGUGGGCGGCGGUGGCUGGCAUCGACGCGGAGGUCAAGAAGAAGCUCGGUCGGUGGAAGGCAUCAGUUGACGAGGACUAUGAGCGCACCACUCGGACCCAGGUGGAGCAGGCGCAGCGCAAGAUGGCGGCCUUUGUCAAGGUGAACAAGGGCCGCGUCCAUCCUGCAGAAGAUCGAGAACAGGAUGGGUCGUUCAAGCCGCAUGUGGAGUCGGACGCGGAGUCUUCAAGCAAGCGGGCCAAGUUGGCGGAUGACAUGGUCAGCGUGGUGAUCGAUGGUUCUGACGAGGCCACUAGUUGGGUGGACUCCAGCGGCGGCGAGAAGGCCUACCCCCCUCGGGUCGCCCGAGAAGGCCGAGCCUACGGAUGA